GCGCAGGCGCAGAACUUUGUCACGUGACUCACAAGAGGAACUACAAACAAACAUGGACGUGUUUUACUGACAUAAGACGCGAAACCUUUCAACUUUAUUGUUAUAAAUGAAACGUUUAGGAUUUUAGAACACGAAAGAGCAACGAUAAGGAGACUGGAAAGUUUAGUGUAAAAAAAACGUUAACGGAAAGCCGGUAAAACUUACAGAUUUACAAGCAAACGCACGCCAGUCUGUCUGUCAGUUCGUCCAGUCUCCCGGCCCGUGUUCGAGAUCAGUCCAAGCGGUAAAAUGGGUCUUGAAGUCGGAGAGGUGUCGGUUCGACUGGACGGGUUACUGCUUCGUUUCAUGGACCAAAUGGAAAAUCUUCAGGAGAAAAGAAACCUGCUCAAUUCUCUCAUCGAGGCGGGCUGGUUCGCGAUGUCUAAGGCGCGCUAUGCCAUGGGGAACAAGUGUGUGUCUUCUCUGCAGUACGGCCACGAGAUGGCGCCACUGGUCCGCCUUCACACAAAUGCUUUAGAGAAAGGGGAGGUGCAGUUCAGGACAGAACGGACGGAGCCCAAACCAGUGGAGAAUUCCAAAGAGGUUGAAGAGAUCGGCCCAAAGGAGGAAGGUGUAAGAAGGCGAAAGACAGUCAAUAAGAAAACAGACAAGGAGGACCCUUUGGAGCCCAAAGAGAUGCCUGACACCAAAGAGAAGACUGAGCCAGACAGGAUGGUCAAGGGACAGACUUCGUCUCAGGACCCCUUGAAGUGGUUUGGCAUUUUGGUGCCACAGAGUUUAAAACAGGCUCAGUCCAGCUUCAAGCAAGUUAUUGAACUGGCAGCAGAGAUCGCAACUCUUCAGACCCAGGUAGAAGCUACAAGAGAAGAAUUCAGGACCCAGCUGCAGAGCAAACAACAGCUUCUGCAGGGGAGAGAACCUUAAGGGGCCAAACAAAAAGGAGACCUCGCUUCCACUGCCUGUCCCCAGUUAGAGCUGAGCCUGGGCGAGGUGCAGCUGGAGGGUGUUACCACUAAUGCUCUGCUUUACCUCAGAUACACCCAACGGAGCCAAACUGUGCUUUAGGGAAGUACGUGCACUAAUGAAACAAAUUGCUGUGAACAACUGUGGCACAACUACUUGCUUGGUCAGCCAAACCUGACCAAAUUACACUGUUACACAGUCAGCUGUCUUAAAAUACACCUCGCCAAGACCGGCCAGCUCAGCUAUACCCGGGGAAUGACAGUGGAAACGAGGCAUAAUUCCUGCUGACCUCCCUAGCCUCUUGUUUCUUUCAUGAGGGGCAUCCACCUUCUGUAAUACUGCUCUCCUGCUCAGCGAUAAAGACAGGAAUUGAAUUCCGAUACAGCUGUGUAAUAUCAAACCUUAGAACUCUAUUAAAAAGCAUCCUUAACACCCUUGGGAUUUUGAAUUUUA